UUCUUUUCUAAUAAACCAUUUCUCCCACAGCGUCCCCCCAACAUGGCAUGCCUUAUCUUUCUGUCGCUUCUUCUGUUCUCCUCCUUCCAUGCCUCCUCCUCCCUUUCCGACGGAUUAGUGGCAAAUGGGAAUUUCGAGCUGGGUCCAAAAGCAUCGGACAUGAACGGCACGGUGGUGACCGGCGGCAGCCGGGCCAUACCAGAGUGGGAGAUAUCAGGCUUGGUGGAGUACAUAAAAUCAGGACAGAAACAGGGUGAUAUGUUGCUGGUGGUCCCAGAGGGAGCCUAUGCAGUGAGGCUGGGCAAUGAGGCGUCCAUUAAGCAAAAGUUAAAGGUAGUAAGAGGAAUGUACUAUUCCAUUUCCUUCGUAGCUGCCCGUACAUGUGCCCAAGAGGAACAACUGAACGUCUCUGUUUCUCCUCAUUCUGGCGUGCUUCCAAUGCAAACUCUGUACAGCAGUAAUGGCUGGGACGCCUACGCUUGGGCCUUCAAGGCCCAAUACCCAGAGGUCGACAUGUUUAUUCACAACCCAGGAAUUGAGGAGGACCCAGCUUGUGGCCCACUUAUUGAUUCAAUUGCUGUCAAAGCCAUGUAUCCUCCAAGACCUACUAACAAGAACAUACUGAAGAAUGGUGGGUUUGAAGAAGGGCCCUAUGUUUUUCCCAACACAUCCUGGGGUGUGCUCAUCCCCCCAAACAUAGAAGAUGACCAUUCGCCGUUGCCGGGAUGGAUGGUGGAGUCACUGAAAGCCGUGAAAUACAUAGACUCCGAUCACUUCUCGGUUCCUCAGGGAAGAAGAGCGGUGGAGCUUGUGGCCGGAAAAGAAAGCGCCAUCGCCCAAGUGGUCAGAACCAUCCCUGCCACAACCUACGUGCUUUCAUUUGCAGUGGGGGACGCAAACAAUUCCUGUAAAGGCUCUCUGAUAGUAGAAGCAUUUGCAGGCAAAGACACCAUAAAAGUGCCGUAUGAGUCGAAAGGGGAGGGAGGGUUCAAGCGGGCAGCCCUUAAAUUUGUGGCAGUUAGCCCUAGAACUCGCAUCAUGUUCCUCAGCACAUUCUACACUAUGAGAAGCGACGACUAUUCUUCUUUGUGUGGGCCAGUCAUUGAUGAUGUUAAGCUGUUGAGUGUACGUAAACCAUAAGAAAUAUUGGAUCCACCCAGCUAUCAUAUUGGUCACGAGCUAGUUAGCUUUUGGUUAAUUACGCGUACCAGCGGCGUAUAAUUAUGUUUUGUUUCAAAAAAAGAAUGGUGGUUUGUGUGAUUUUGGUGAUUUUUUAUAUUGAGAGUAAGAGAGUAUACCGUAUAUCUAAUGAUGUUUAGAGGAGCCUGCAUGGAAUGAUGUGAUUUAAACCAAAUGUGGCGAUGUGAUUCGGCCUAAUAAAUCAAACAACAAA